AUGAAAUUGGACGUGGUAAAACAGUUUUCGACCCGUUCAGACAGGGUCAAGGGCAUUGACUUCCACCCUACCGAGCCAUGGAUCUUGACCACGUUGUAUAAUGGUAAGAUUGAAAUCUGGUCUUAUGCCACCAACUCGCUUGUCAAGUCUAUCCAGGUCACUGAGUUGCCAGUAAGAACCGGAAAAUUCAUUGCUCGUAAGAAUUGGAUUGUGGUUGGCUCUGAUGAUUUCCAGAUCAGAGUCUACAACUACAACACCGGAGAAAAGAUCACCCAAUUCGAAGCUCAUCCAGAUUACAUCAGAGGGAUCUCGGUCCAUCCAUCCAAGCCCUACAUCUUAACUUGUUCUGAUGACUUGACCAUCAAGUUGUGGAAUUGGGACAACAACUGGAAGUUGGAACAGGUGUUUGAAGGCCAUCAGCACUAUGUCAUGAGUGUCAACUUCAACCCAAAGGAUCCAAACACCUUUGCAUCUGCUUGUUUGGAUAGAACCGUCAAGAUCUGGUCCUUGGGCUCCUCUCAGCCAAACUUCACCCUCGUUGCCCACGAAACGAAGGGUGUCAACUACGUUGAUUACUACCCACAGGCCGACAAGCCAUACUUGAUAACAACGUCCGACGACAAGACCAUCAAAAUCUGGGAUUACCAAACCAAGUCCUGCGUGGCUACAUUAGAAGGUCACUUGUCCAAUGUUUCCUUCGCCAUUUUCCAUCCUGAGCUUCCUUUGAUCGUCUCUGGUUCUGAGGAUGGUACCAUCAGAUUCUGGAACUCCAACACUUUCAAAUUGGAAAAGUCCAUCAACUACAGUCUUGAGAGAGCUUGGUGUAUCAGUAUGUUACCAAAGUCCAACCUUGUGGCCGCUGGUUUCGAUUCCGGUUUUGUUAUCAUCAAGUUAGGUAACGAAGAACCUUUGUUCUCCAUGGAUUCUAAUAACAAGCUUAUCUAUGCCAAGAACACCGAAGUGUUCCAAUCUAUUCUUAAACCCAAUUCCACUGAGGGUUUGAAAGAUGGUGAAUCAUUAUCUUUACAACAAAGAGAAUUGGGCUCUAUUGAAAUAUACCCGCAAUCUUUGGCACACUCACCAAACGGUCGUUAUGCUGCUGUUUGUGGUGAUGGGGAGUAUAUUGUUUACACCUCAUUGGCAUGGAGAUCUAAAGCUUACGGUAAUGCUCUCGAUUUCAGUUGGAAUUCUCAUGAUGUUUCAAACACCUGUUCUUAUGCCAUCAGAGAAUCCCAGUUGUCUGUUAAGAUUUUCAAAAACUUCCAGGAACAUACCACUCUUGAAUUAAUUUACCAGGCUGAAAAGAUCUUUACUGGAUACUUGUUAGGUGUUAAGUCUGAAGGAUGUAUAUCAUUCUACGAUUGGGAACAUGGUAAGUUGGUGAGAAGAGUUGACAUAGAUGAAGAUAUUUUGGAUGUCGUUUGGUCUGACAACGGUGAAUUGGUUGCUAUUGUUACUUCAACCAGUGUUGGCGAGAAUAACGCUCCCGGUGCCUCAAAGAAGAACGAUGAAGUCUACUUUUUGAGUUACAACCAUCAAGUAUUUGAAGAAGCCUUGGCUGCAGACGAAUUGGACCCCGAAGAAGGAGCAGAAUCCACUUUCGAUGUCUUGUAUACCUUGCCAACUUCUGAAUCCAUCUUAUCAGGUAAAUUCAUUGGUGAUGUCUUCGUUUACACAACUUCAAGUACAAACAGAUUGAACUACUUUGUUGGUGGUGAAGUGAUAAAUUUGGGCCACUUUGAUCACAAGUACUACAUUAUCGGUUACAAGGCACAAGAAGGUAAGUUGUACUUAAUUGACAAAUCAUUCAAUGUUAUUUCCUGGUUUGUUAAUUCUGAAGUAUUGGAAUUACAAACUUUAGUCAUGCGUGGUGACUUAGAACAAUUUGCUUCUAAGACUAUACAAGACGAAGAAACUGAGGAAGAAGUACCCGACUUAUCUAGCAUCAGCUUCGAAAACUUAUCCGAAGAAUAUGUUUCUAUUUUCAAUGGUUUCUCUAAGACUGAGUCUAACCAAUUAUCAAGAUUCUUCGAAAAGUUGGGAUACUUGUCUUUAUCAUAUUCGUUAUCUCAGGAUUUCGACAGUAAGUUCCAAAUUUCCCUUUCAACCAAUAACUUAUCACAAGCAUACGAGUUGUUGUCUACCAAUCAAAAAGAAAACCCAUCGACUACAUUGUCUAAUGCAUCCAGAUGGAAGAAGUUGGGUGACUUGGCUUUGACUAAAUGGCAAAUAAAAUUAGCUGAAGAUUGUUUCUGGUUGGCCAGUGACUACUCAUCUUUAUUGUUACUCUUAUCAUCUUCAAACAACAAGGAAGGGCUUACCAGAUUGGCAGAUGAAAGUGAAUCCAACGGUAAAUAUAACUUAGCAUUCCAAGCUUUGUGGUUAGCUGGUAAUAAGGACAGAUGCUUAGAGUUGUUGAUCAAGAGUGAAAGAUACACCGAAGCUUCUAUAUUUGCAGUCAACUACUCUUUGGGUAAGGACAAGGUUGAGAAGGCCAUUGCUGAAUGGAAACAGAAAUUGGAAAAGAAGAAUAAGGACAAGAUCAUCGAAAGGUUGAUUGAAGACGUUUCCAGCUUGAAUGUUCAAGAAGACGCAGCUGCUGCUCCUCUUAUUGAGCUCGCAGACGAAAACGGAGCUAAUGGUGUUGUUGAAAGCGAAGCCAACGGAGUCGUCGAACAGCCUGAGGAGGAAGAGGAAGAAGAAGAGGAAGAAAAAUUCGAAGAAGCAGCAGCGGAGGAAGAAGCUGAAAAUUAA